UUUCAAAGAUAGAGAGAGAGAAAAAAAUUAAGAUGAGGAGAGAGAGAAGGCAUGGAUUUGUUUUUGUGUCAAUUUUGGGCAUAGCAUUGGUGAGCUUGUUCAUGGUGAAGGCAGAAAAUACACUGCCAUCGCCAUUGAAGCUUUCAUGGCAUUACUACAAACUCAACACCACCUGCCCUGACGCAGAGGCUUACAUCAAACACCAAGUUCAGUUGUUUUGGCAAAAGGAUAAAAGCAUCACUGCCAAGUUCCUGCGUUUGCUCUCUGCAGAUUGCCUCUCAAAAAAUGGUUGUGAUGGGUCAAUACUUCUUGACGGUCCCAACUCGGAGAAAAAUGCGCCACAAAACCAAGGGCUUGGAGGGUUUGAAGUGAUCGACAAGAUCAAAAUUGUGCUUGAAGAUCGAUGCCCCGGCGUUGUUUCUUGUGCAGACAUUCUCAACUUAGCCACUAGAGAUGCGGCCCAUUUGGCUGGUGCACCAUCUUAUCCAGUUUUUACAGGAAGAAGGGACUGUUUGACAACAAGUGUCGAUGCAGUGGACUUUCCAUCCCCAUCUAUAUCAUGGCAACAAGGGCUAGCAUAUUUCCAAUCGAAGGGUCUCGAUGUUUUAGACAUGGCAACCUUACUAGGUGCACACUCAAUGGGGAAAACACACUGUCAUUACAUUAUGGAUAGGCUAUACAAUUUCAAUGGCACAGGAAAACCAGAUCCAAGCAUGAACAAAUCCUUCUUAAAAGAGCUUCAAAAGAAAUGCCCAAAAAAAUCAAAACAAGACCCAACAGUGAACCUAACUCCAAAAUCUGGAAAUGACUAUCAAUUCACUGGUCUCUACUACUCAAGAAUCCUGUCGAAGAAAGCGGUCCUCGGGAUCGAUCAACAACUUCUUUUCGGUGACGAUACAAAGGAAAUCGUCGAAGAGUUCGCUCCGAGUUCUGGAUUUGAAGACUUCCGGAAGUCCUUUGCUCUCUCCAUGAGUAGGAUGGGAAGUUUCAAGGUCUUGACCGGAAAAGAUGGCGAGAUCCGGCGAGAUUGCCGACGGAGAAACUAGUCCAGCAACUGCCAAUUCUUGGGGGGAGAAAGAAUGUAUUGUUGAGAAGAAGAAAAAAAAGUUUGUCUUUGGUUUAUGAAUAAGAUUUUAUAGCAUCUAAUAUGAUAUAAAAUAAGAAGUACAAAAAAAAUAUACAUAUACUAAUUCUAAGUUUUGAAAUUUCCAUUUGUAUUGGUGAUUCUGUUAAUGGAUAAGCAAU